AUGACAAGCAAGGGUUGCGUUCACAACCCAUUCCUUGAUUUGGAAGUGGACGUUGAUGAUGGGGAAGAGAUGAGUGAAGACGAUGAGGCUCAAGAGGCUGAAGAUGACGAGGCUCAAGAGGCUGAAGACGAUGUGGCUCAAGACGACAAGGCUGAAGAUGAUGAGGUUGAAGUAGGCGAGGCAGCAGGGGACGAUAUCGCAAUGCAUCUCUUAUAUUCAGUGAUGGCUCGUGAGGACGAUGAGGAUGAUGACGACGUGGUGGAAUUGGCACAUCAAUAUCAGGAAAGGGCUCAUAGGGGUAGGGAGAGUGCAAGUCACGAUCAUGCUGUGGAGGCCGAAGAACAUCCUCCUUUGCCCAAUGAGCACUGCCGUGGGAUCUGGAUGCUUCGUACCAAGUGGAACUCGGCUCUCACUGUUCUGAUCAUGCUAUACCAGUCAUUGGCAGAUCAAGAUGAAGAUCAGAAUGCCAUCGAUGAGCCACGGAGUCAUUCCGUGUACUUCAUCUUUGUCUCAGAGAAUUGGUCCUGCAUCGAUGAGGCCGAUAGAAUCUAUGUCGAAGCUAAGAGCAUGCAUGACAAUUUGAAGAUUUCUUCCACGCAUCGUGCAAAGCAUCCUGCACUGAGGUGUUCCCCAUGCGUGUUCAACCCUGUCCUCGCUGCUGUGGUCUAUGGUUCUCAUACUGUUCAGGAGCAGAUGCCUGGUCAAGAUAAUGAAAUGAAGAUGUACAUGUUCAAGAAGAAAUUAUUCAAAGACGGACCUCUCUGUGUGUCAUGCAAGGUGGAACAGCUGAGGUUACUCGACAAAAUCGCACCAUUUAUCUGUCUGCAUUGGAUCUCGCCUAUGUCCAUUGCACAAAUUAUGCAGCGGGUUUACUUCACCAGCCUUGCAAUCAAUGAUCACGUUCGUGUCACUGAGGGGGAGCUGCAAGGCAUCGAAGAAAUCAUACAGAGCAUCACAGAUGAGUCCGUUGAAGUAGCGUACGGUCCCAGUCAAUCUCAGGUUGCUACCGUGGCCGUUCAGCAGCUCAGAAGGGUCUAUAAACAGGGCGAUUUGUUAGACAUCGUUGACGGUGUGAACAGAGGUUGCGGUGCAGGAUACCGAAGUGAGAAUGUCCAGUUGGGUGCUCCAAUACAAUUGGUUGCCACAACACUCAGUCGAAGCAAGCGGCGACAAAAGAAUCGUGCAACAUAUCAGCAUUUUGUAUUGAAGCGUGCAAUGAUCAGCUGGGGACAAUACAAAGCGCACAAAGGGUUCAUCAAAGAUGAAUACAACGACGCAUAUCAAAUGGAGCUGGAUGCUCCGAGGGGUGUCGUAGUGUGGCUGAAGCCCAGCGAGUUCAGAUAUUUGAGCGAUCAACAAGAUACUCUGCCAUUGGGUUAUGCAACAUCCAGCAUUCCGUCAUCAUCUGGCAUUCCAUCAGCUAGUCAGGACACGUCAAUGACAUCAGCCACAUCAACCACGGACCCAUCGUCAACUGGGGACAAUCCAAUGGACCAAUAUGCUGCACUCACUUUAUAUCCACAGGACAAUGCAUUGUUUCUUUUUCACCUGCGGGUGCAGCAAAUGUUGCCAAUUUUGAAGCGACUUACGCUCAUGAUCUGCAACACGAAAGGCACAUCUCCUGAAGCCCAAUGGGAGCAAGGACAAUAUGAGGAUGAAGGGGUCACUGUGUUGAAGACAGUGUUGGUAAUCACAGGUGCCAAUAUAGGCACCGUAGCUCUCGUUUCAGUGGAGGUCGAUGGGCUCCUUGAGCUGAUGCCAUUUCAUGAUGCAUUAUCGGAUGAGCUGCCGAAGAUAAUGGUUGAGAAGGAGCAUUUGAUUUACGCAUUUGUGUACCAUGCUCAGUAUUCUUACCUGCCAGUCGGCUUCAGCGACUACAAUUUCAUGCACCAAGGUGAUGUGUAUGCCCUCCAAGAUCAGCUGGACCAGACUACAAUGGCACUUCUGCCUAUCGAUUGA